CUUAAAACUGCUCCUAGCUCGCGCAUCUGUCGCCUUUUGCUUCCCUUAACUUGCUGAUACAGCCAUGGCAACAGUCGUGCCUCCUCCGUCGAAACGUCAAAAGCGUGAGGCUACUGAACGCGCAGCAAAGCAAGAAGAAGUCGAGUCAAUACCGGAUGGGUCUAUUCGCGUACAGUUCGUGGAUCGCACCAACAAUUCGCCAACUGGGCCAUCAGUUUCAAUACCACUAUCACAGGCUACGGUAAAAAAUCUUGAGAUCCUCCUCAAUUCUCUCAAUGGAGUCAGCGAAACGUCGGACAGGAUACCAUACCGAUUCUUCCACGAGCGGCGAAAAAAGGAUGGGACAGAAGAAGAGCUGGCUCUAGCCGACACUACGGACGUAUAUUCGGCUCUAGUAAAACCUGGAAUUGUGAGUACAGAGGAGGAGCUUGUAUUAUCAUACACGCCGCAAGCCGUAUUCAGAGUGAGGGCUGUGAGCAGAUGCGCAAGCUCGAUAAACGGACAUGGUGAACCGAUACUUGCUGCGCAAUUUUCACCUUCCUCAUCUUCAAGACUCGUCACGGGAAGUGGGGAUAGUACGGCUAGGAUUUGGGACUGCGAUACAGGGACACCUCUGCAUACCUUGCAAGGACAUACGAGUUGGGUUCUCUGUGUGAGUUACUCACCAGACGGAACCAUGAUUGCUACGGGCAGUAACGAUAAGACGGUACGGAUAUGGGAAGCGAAGACAGGUAAGCCGCUAGGGGGUGCCAUGAAGGGUCAUAGCGGUUUCGUACGUAGCCUGGCAUGGGAGCCAUAUCAUCUGCAAGAACCAAAUCGGCCGCGAGUCGCGUCAUCCUCCAAAGACGCAACGGUCCGAAUUUGGGACGUCAUUGCUAAACGCGCCGAUAUAGUGCUAAGCGGACACAAGGCUAGUGUCUCUUGUGUGCGCUGGGGUGGCACGGGGUGGAUAUAUACCUCAAGCCAGGAUAAAACAAUCAAGAUUUGGAAUGCUUCAACUGGUACUCUUAUUCAUACGCUCAGUGCCCACGCGCAUUGGGUGAAUCACCUAGCUCUGAGCACAGAUUUUGUCCUUCGAACAGGCUUUUUCGACCACACUGGGAAAAUACCAUCCACAGAGGAAGAGCGUAGAGCGGUGGCGAAGUCACGUUUCGACAAGGCGGCGACAAUCAACAAGCGGACGAGUGAGAGGCUCAUCAGUGCUUCAGAUGAUAACCUUGUAUACCUUUGGGAUCCGUCUGGACCUACCCCAACCAAACCGGUUGCGCGUCUCAAUGGUCAUCAGAAGCAAAUCAAUCACGUCACGUUCUCACCCGAUGGCCUAUACAUUGCAUCCGCAAGUUUUGACAACAGCGUAAAGCUGUGGAACUCACGUGAUGGUAAAUUCAUCCUCACAUUUAGAGGACACCUCGCGCCUGUGUAUCAAUGUGCGUUCUCAGCAGACUCUAGAUUGCUGGUGAGCAGUUCCAAAGACACUACGCUGAAGUGCUGGGAUGUGAGAACCGGGAAGCUCGCAACAGAUCUGCCCGGUCACCAGGACGAGGUCUAUGCUGUAGAUUGGAGCCCGGAUGGCAAGUGUGUGGGAAGUGGGGGAAAAGAUAGAGCAGUCCGACUAUGGAGAAAUUGAUUGCCCUUAGUGAUACCCAAUGAAAAUUUUCUUGAAAACUUUGAAGAAGCCUAAGUACGAC